AUUCGCCACCGACGCAUAUGCAUUUAAAUGUUUGAAAAUUGAACGGAAAAUACAGUCCGGUAAAAACGUAUAUAAUCAAAUAUAUCUUGUUCUCGGAGGGCAUUUGAUAAAUUAUACACUAUAAUGAAAUACAACAGAAACGAUAUUGUCUAUUUGUGAAGACGUGCACCAGCUGAUUCCUCCUACCUAACGUUAGCUAGCUAGUAGGCUAGUUAACUUACCAUCGGAAUGCAGUCUGUGAAGGUUGGCUACUCAGUAUUGUUUACGUUGAUAUCAAAACACAACUACUCGUUCUCGGGUCAUUUCAGAGCACUAGCAUGUAGUCAUGGUACAACCAGUUCAGCCUGUGGUGCCCAUCCCAUGUCAACCACAGCACAGCCUGUGGUCAUUCGCAUUCCUAGACACAUGCAGGAGCAGGUAGAAAAUGUGAAGCAAGUGAGAGGCAAGAACAAAGUCAACACCAUCAAGGCUGGCAAGCUCCUAAUCAAAAGCAAGAACCCAGAACUGAAUCAGUCCGCAGGCUACACACUUGGGAAAUUUGAGCAGCCCCAUCUCUCCUCCAAAGGAUGGAAACACAACAAAUCAUUUGGUGACUACUUCACGGUUAACAACACUCAGCGUACUCCACCCGUUGUCACUGAAAUCCAGGAUGAGGAGGGUGACAAACUCAAAGAGAAGAGUAAACCUAUUACAUUUCACAACCUUCACCUCUGCCCGGACUUAGUGGAGGCUUUGGGCAAGGACAACAUAACUCGCCCUACAACCGUUCAACUACAAACCAUCCCCAAGCUCCUGAAAGGCUACAACAUCCUGUGCGCAGCUGAGACGGGCAGCGGCAAAACCCUGAGCUACCUGUUGCCUGUCAUUCACAAACUACAGGCUGAGAAAGCAGCAGAUUCCGAGUCUAUAGAGACCACACCCAGGACACGCUCUGUUAUCAUUGUCCCCUCUAGAGAACUUGCUGACCAGGUCUCAGCUGUGGCUAGGAGCCUGUGUGGCCCAUUCGGGCUGAUGGUGAAGACAGUGGGAGGUGGGAGAGGUGUGGGCAACAUCAAGCUGGCCUUCACCAAGGGUCCCCCGGAUGUGUUGGUGGCCACACCUGGUGCCCUUGUCAAGGCCCUGCGGAGACGCUACCUAGACCUGAGGGAGCUGAGCUUCAUGGUGGUGGACGAGGCAGACACCAUGUUUGAUCCCAGCUUCUCUGGCAUGCUGGAGCGCAUCCUGGCCCAGACCCGUGUGGCCUGUGACCCCUCAGAGACCCAGGGCCCCGGCUCCACCCGCAAGGCCCAGCUGGUGGUUGUGGGGGCCACCUUCCCCGGUGGGGUCGGAGAGGUUCUCAGCCAGGUGACGGACCUGGGAAGCAUGGUGACCAUCAAGAGCAAGAAUCUUCACUUCCUCAUGCCACAUGUAAAACAGACCUUCCUGAAGGUGAGGGGAGCUGACAAGCUUCUGGAGCUCCACCAGGCGCUGAAGGCAGCAGAGCAGGACAAGGCUGGGGUGUUGGUGUUCUGUAACCGGGCUUCUACAGUCAACUGGCUGGGCUACUCCCUGGAGGACAUGGGGCUGAGACACGUCCGACUGCAGGGGGAGAUGCCUGCCUCCCUCCGGGCUGGAAUCUUCCAUUCCUUCCAGAAGGGACAGGUAGACGUGCUGAUUUGUACCGACAUCGCUUCUCGUGGACUGGACACCCAGAGGGUCUGUCUGGUGGUCAACUACGACUUCCCAGAAUCUCACACGGACUAUAUCCACCGGGCUGGACGGGUGGGCCGGGUAGGGAGUGUGGAGGAUGGGGAGGUGCUCAGCUUCGUCACCCACCCCUGGGACGUGGAGCUGGUGCAGAAGAUUGAGACGGCUGCCCGGAGGAGGACAAGUCUGCCUGGGAUGGAAUCCUCCAUAAGGAAGCCUGAGCCCAAAGCAGCCGAAGAGGAGGAGGAGGAAGAAGAGGGGUUGCUCUACUAGUUGGUCUGCCACAAAUAAGGAUAUUACCAAAGUAGAAUUAACUUGUUUGAUUAAUUUGUUCAUUAAAAUGAUUGUAUCCAUGAUAGCCAAAACCAGCUGUGUGAGACUGAAUCCUUUGUCUCCAACACAGGCAUGAUCGUCUUUCAAUUUGACCUUUUUAGAUGCCACAUCAUGUUUGAGACUGGAACUAUGAUCUGACUUCUCUUUUUAACCCAGAUAGUUACCGCAUGUCAUUCCAAAGAGGAAGUGUCUUUGGUAAUGUACAAAAAUCAUGCCCUCUUACAAGCAGCAGGUGUGGGGCACAUGUUUGCACUUCUCACGGGUAAUCACGGGGUGGCAGUAUUUACUUUAUUUGACCUGUCAUACAGCAGUCAUAAAAUAACCAGAGAAGGGCUAUGGCUGAAUAUAGCCUUAUUUUAAUGCUCAUCCACAUGCGGCAAGCCCUUUUAUGGAAUUUAACUCAGCCAUACUAACUUGUUUUGGUAAAACAUAGGUUAAGGAAUCUAAAAAACAUUUGGAACAAGUAUGGAAUACUGAUUUUAUUUUUUAUUUUAUUUUUUCCUUCCAGAAACUAAAAUAAUUUCCUUAAAAGAAAGAGUAACUCAUAUAACCCUUCAUGUAUCUGGUAGGGUGCCACUGAGACAACGGUGCUAAUCUCUUCUCACUAACCACAGGUAGACACACAUUAGCAUAUUACGUUUUGGAAAGUGGUCUUCACUCUGUUUCUGCUUUUGUGUGUAAUACAGAAGCAUGACAUUAUAACCUCCAUAUGAAGACAUUUCCAUGAAUCUACAGUCAAGUUGGAUUCAGGCCCGAGCCUUGAAGUCUAUCCCAUUGAUUCCUGCGGUUACUUGUUUUAGAGGAAGCAAGAUGUUUGAACAUGAUGUGUCGGAGUGAAAAUAAAUCUCUGUGAAAUCUGGUUUCUAAAUAUGCCUUUAUAUUUUCUCACUUAUUGAGUUUGCUUUAAUUGCACCAAAUAUAACAUUACUAGGUUGCUGUACCAUAAACAUAUACAGUGGGGCAAAAAAGUAUUUAUAGUCAGCCACCAAUUGUGCAAGUUCUCCCACUUAAAAAGAUGAGAGAGGCCUGUAAUUUUCAUCAUAGGUACACUUCAACUAUGACAGACAAAAUGAGAAGAAAAAAAUCCAGAAAAUCACAUUGUAGUAUUUUUAAUGAUU